UUUCUGUUUUGCAUGUUGGUAAUGUUAUUCUUCCCCCCACCCCUCACCCACCCACACACACACACACACUCAUGCAUUUGUAAAUUUGUUUGAGUUGGGUUUUCAUCCGUUGUCCAUAUAUGAAAGAACAAGUUGAAGAAAUGAGAAUUCCCCAUCUGUUCAAAUGCCCAAUCAGUCUGGACUUGUUCAAAGAUCCAGUCACUCUCUGCACAGGCCAAACCUACGACAGGUCGAGCAUCGAAAAAUGGCUUUCCUCAGGUAAUCUCUCAUGUCCUGUCACAAUGCAGAAGCUUCACGAUCCAUCCAUGGUGCCAAAUCAUACUCUUCGCCAUUUCAUCAAUCAGUGGCUGGAGAUGGACAACCAAUUUGAUCCUCAUUACUUGCAGACAAUUGAUUAUUUAUCUUCACUCAAAUGCGGCCUCAAAUCUCGUGAUGAGGGUACCUUAGAAAGCAAGGUUCAAGCGCUCAAAGAGAUUCGAGCUUUCUCCCAGCUAGAAUCGCCAUUCAGAAAUAAUUUGUUGCUUCAGCUGAGAUUCCUGCCUUUACUAUUGGAGCUUGUGUUUGGAGGAGGAGAAGCCGAACUGAAAGAAAAACAGAAACUCCAUGAAGAGUGCUACUACCAUAUAGAUUUUGUGGAGCAAGCGCUUUGUUGCAUCAUAACACUGCUGCCUCUCAGCGAGUUGGAGUCACUCAAUAUGCUUAGAGAAGAGAAUAACUUAGCAUCCUUCCAAGCUUUAUUCGCGAACAGCACCACCUCAAUCAGGAUGAGUUUGUGCCAUCUCAUAGAGGCAGCAUCAACGUCUCCAGAGACAAAAGGACUGUGUUCUAUGUUGGGAAAGAACAACCAACUCUUGCAUCAGAUAUUGGCUCAGCUGCUUCACCAGAACUUGAAUUCGGAGGAGGAUGGAGAUGCUGCAAUUAAAGCUGUAUCAGCAUUGUCUUCCCUGGAAGAGAACAGAGAGUUUCUGGUCAAACAAGGCGUGGUGAAUGGGCUCACUUCCUACAUGAUUUCUAGUGUGGAAGGACACAAAAGAAACUUGGCACCGUUGGCAGUGGCCACGCUUGAGAAGCUUUUAGGACUAGAGAGUGCAAGAGAGGCAGUGAUUAGUAAUCCGAACGGCAUUCAAGCUGUUGUUAAGAUGGUUUUCAGGGUAUCAGAUGAUCACGGAGGCAGUGAUAGUGCCGUUGGCUCGCUCAUAAUUCUAUGCAAUGACUCUUUACUGGCACGGGAAGAAGCGAUUAGUGGCGGAGUGUUGACUCAGUUGCUAUUGCUUCUGCAGAGCCAGUGCAGUGGUCAAACAAAAACAAAGGCGAGAAUGUUGCUCAAGCUCCUCAGAAUCAAGUGGUCUCAGGAAGCAAACCAGCUUCUAUAGCUUAUGUAUUACUUUCCAUAUGCAGACGUCAAACUAUUAGAUUAUCAAUGUGUGUAGUUCAUAAAGCAUUGAGAUUAAUGCAGGCCAACAAUUUUACUUGUUG